GAUUUGUCUAUGGUUAGAAAAAUUGAAGAGGAGGGAUUUUUCAUUUUAAAUUCAAAUCUGCAUAAUCACCACGCGGUUGUUACGAGCAACAGUUUUAACGAAAACAAGUGAAUUAUUAAUAAUAACAAUAAAAUUCUGAGUACUACAAACAUGAGUGGUUUUACGGUUAAGUUUACGGUAACCCAAUGUGAUCCAAAAAACUAUGGAACAAAGUUGCUGAGAGUGAUGGGGGAUUGGCAACUGGAAAGCAAAGACGUUAAAACAAGAAUAAAGAAUUUGUACUAUGCUGAUACCUGGAGAGAUUGUCUUUUUUUAUUUGAUGAUAGCGAGCGAUCGGUGGUAGCUCACAAACUGGUGCUCGCUGUAGCCUCGCCGGUGUUUGCCGCCAUGUUCUUUAGCGGACCAGAAACUAUUAAACCUAUGAAAAUAACUGACGUACAGCGUGAUACUUUUUUUGAAAUGAUAAAGUACAUAUACACUGACACUAUAGACCCGAAGUCAUUUUGCGAUGCCAGUGAUCUAUAUGACGCGGCUAAAAAAUACAAGUUGGUACAGCUACAAAAACUGUGCAUACAAUAUAUUUUGCGUGAAUUAAAUCCAGAAGAUUGUUGUUCUGCAUAUGAAUUUGCUGUGAAGUAUGAUGAAAAAGAAUUGUUGAAAGCGACCGAAAAUUUUAUAAAGACUAGAACUACGGAAGUGUUAAAGAGCAUUGACUUUCUAGGUGCAUCGCUAAGCACUGUCCAGUAUAUUUAUUCUUUGGAUACCUUUGCUAUUAAAAGCGAAUUGGAAUUAUAUGUAGCUCUUCAGAAAUUUGCCGUGACCAUCGGUUAUUACGACUCAGAGCCAAGUGGUGAAAACAAACAGAUUAGCGAAACAACUCAGAAAGAUAAUCAAGUUGAAGAAAUUAAGCAAGAAACAAAAGAAAAUAUAAAUGACGCGGAUGCAUUUCAAGAUUGUGUUGAUAUUAAAUCAACCUCAGAAAAAAGUAAUCCACCAAAAAUGGAAAAUCUAAAAGAUAAGUCUACAAUCGAAAAGGAUGGCAAAAUAGAAAAAGUCGUUUCAGAAUUCAAAUCGGCGCGGGUAAUCAUUCGCGAAAUUCUAAAAACCAUUCGUUUUUUAACGAUACCUGCUGAAGAAUUUGCAAAAAUAUCCGCCACGCCGCCACUGCUCACUCAGUCGGAAAUUAUUGCUAUACUACUCAACAUAGUAAACCGGCCCAAAGCAAAAUUACCUAUGCCAGAAGGGUUCUCGAUUGCGUUAGAUAAAAGAAUUGCGCGCCAAGUAAAUGACUCAAGGAAAAAUAUCAAGUUCCGAUUUACUGUACCAGAUUGUGACUAUCUGAAGGAAGGCGACGAGAUACAUUUUCCUCAAGUGUAUGGCUUACAAUGCUCUUGGAAAUUAACAAUUAAAAUAAAGAGUGAAAAUACAUACCAUUUGCUCUUAAGUGGUUCAGGCGUAGCUAAAUAUAAUGCCGAUGUUAGAUUCGGAAUAAUGUUAAAAAACACAACUAAAAUAUUGUAUGAUUUUUACUCUGAAAAAGCAGAACAACGGGCAAUUGAAUCCGGUUCCCUUAUUGCCGAACUUGAUGAUUGGAAAACAGUGAAGAAUGUUUGCCUAGAUGAUGGCAGCUUGACUUUUCACUUGACAUUCAAUAUCAAAGAUGGCAUUAAUGAUACUGAUGAAGAUGAUGAGGAAUCGGACGAUUCAGAUGAUUCGUUUAGUUUUCAUUCAUAAGCAUGAUAAGGAUUGUGAUGAAUUAAUAUUGUAAUUGUAAUAAUAUAAAU